UCCUUAUAUCCUUUGUUGUACGUGUGUCAGUGCUAAAGUGUUCUCAUAACGCAUCAGGAAAUAUUUUGGUUCUUUGUUACAUCGAUGUCCCGAGUAAGGUUCUUGUUUCCGGGUUGCUUUUUUCUGGGUAAUUAGGGUCAUUAUAGCGGCAAAGAAGGUGUGUACCAGGUUAUAACAUCCGAUCUCGUGAUCGGAGAUGUGCGCUCUCUGUCAGUGGAGUCGAACUUCCAGCCCUUCGGCGCCAGCCCUCGUCCACCCGGACUCAGGAAUUUGGGCAGCGGGCAUGGGAAUGGCUCUGCCGGGCCGCGCUACGCUCCCGAGCUUGCUCCUGCCUCCGUUUCCGUUUCGGUUUCGCUUACUGAAAGCCCCGGGCUUUCGGGAAUGCAAAGCCACCAGGCACCGCCAGCACGACUCCAUCUCGCGCACGUAGGGACGCCACUCCCUCUCGCCCGUCCCCGUCACCGGUGCUUUUCGGCCACAACUCCGCGGCCGAGGACCGCAUCUCGCCGGGAACCGCCGCCGGGAGUCGGCAGGUACUGUGAGUGGGCUGCCAGGUGAAAGAAGAAAAUAUUUCCUGGAAACUUUUAAGUGGUCUUCUUACAGUAUUUAAACUCUUCUGAGAAUCUUCUCCACUUUUUGAAAUACACAAAAGCAGCAGAAUUGAGUGAGCCUACACUGAAGCAUAGGUUUAAAGUUCAAUUUGGUGCUGUUGAACAGGUUGUCCCACUGCAGACAACAGGUGAACGUAAGUAACAUUCUUUGGCUUCUUGUGCUUGUUUUCUUUUCUGUAUUCCUUAAUGAUUUCUAGAAUCAUGAAAAUGUUUUCCUGAAUUAGUGUAGAAGGAUCAAGGACUGUUGCCUACAUAUUGCUCUGAUUAGAUGACACAUGUCUUAAAAUGCCUGUGGCAUUUCAAGCACUAAUUUUCCCAUUUUUGUCUCUGGUUACAGUUAACCACUGUUAGCAACAGAGAAUUUUCCCUACUGGGGAACUUUCCAAUAAUGGGGAAGUUUCCUAAAGAAGUGGAGUUACAUGAACAUUUAAGUUCUGCUAUAAGAAGGCUUGGGCAAGUAGUUCUGUUCUUGUCAUCUCCAUGUGAUCGUGAGGGAACUGUGCAGCCAGCUGCACUGAAGACUGCUUUUCUCUACAAAUAUCUUUUACUUCUUUAGAACUGUGUUAUCCGCAGAUGCCAGAAAUCAGUCGGAGGAAAGAAGCAGCAUUGUGGCAUGUUCUGUAAGAAAAGCAGUGAGAAGGAUUUAGAUUUGGUUUGCCACCUAGGUCUCAAGCUGCUUCAUCUGAGCCAGCUUGGGCAUGCUUCUGCUCAGGGUGAAGCAGAACAGUCUGUAAUGGUUACUGCAGUGAGCAUUUUCGUGUGCUUUUGGAUUUGACCUGGACCUACUUUUUUUUCUCUCUGAGACUGAACAAUUGAACACAGCGGCAUGGCAGACUUUCUCAGUCUUGAGGAAUUUUCAGGAGAAAAGAUCUCUGCUGUGGUUCAUAGGAACAACUAGGUACUUGUGCUAUGCACAUGAUGAAAAAGCUUUUGCUUCCGUACAUAUUUCUACUCUGCUGGCACUCCCUAAAUGCUUUAUUCACAGUCGAAGCUCCCAAAUCACUCUAUACUGCGGAACUUGGCAGCAAUGUGACCAUGGAAUGCAUAUUUCCAGUGAAUGGGAAACUAAAGUUCAGGGAUUUAAGUGUCAUCUGGGAAAAAAAAGAUGAAGUUAGAAAGGAUGUUUAUGUACUUCUCAAAGGGAAGGAAGACUCUGGAAGUCAGCACAGUGAUUUUCAGGGAAGGAUAAAGCUGUUGAAAGAGAAUCUGGAUUUUGGGCAGUCUGUCCUUCAGAUCACCAAUGUGAAGCUCAGAGAUGCGGGGCUUUACCAUUGCCUUAUUGAGUACGGGGGAGCUGACUACAAGACCAUCAAUCUGAAAGUUCAGGCUCCUUACAGAACUAUAACCCGAGAAGUGGUGAGCACAGGAGACAAAGAGUGGAAGUUAACUUGUCAUUCAGAAGGAUACCCAAAAGCUGAGGUGAUGUGGCAAAAUGGAGAAUGUCAGGAUUUGACCGAUAAGGCAAAUACAAGUUAUGAAACUGGAAGUGAUCAGCUGUAUCGUGUGACAAGUACACUCACAAUCAAAAAUAGAACUCGUGAAAAUUUUCGUUGCAUCUUCUGGAAUAAAGAGAUUCAAGAAAAUACAUCUGCAAAUUUGUACAUACUAGAUUCAGCUGAUGAUAUGCUGUGGACUGAGAGCAGGCGCUUUGUUUGGCCAAUUCUCAUUGUGACUGUCCUCGCUGGAUCAGUGUCAGUUACUGUCUGCAUAAGGAAAGCUAGAGCAAAUAAGGACUGUAGGACACGUAUGGCUAAAUCAUCAAUUAAUAUAGCAAAGCUGUCAAAAGACAAGGACGCACAUGACUGCAGAGGUCCUCCUUUUGAAGACGAGGAGCUGAAAUACAUACAAAUUGAGAAGACUUAGAGAAAGCAGGGGAAGAUUUUCCAUUGGUGGUGAAGAUUUGGCAGCCCUGAUGUCCUCUGCUCUGUCUGUUAAGGGAGAUACAUUUUUUUUUUUUUAAUCCUGUUGUUGCAACCGUCUUUCAUAUUACUGUAAGUUGGGAAAAGCUGCAAUUAUCAUAGCAUAAUAGGUCCUUGGAUUCUGGCCUCUGUUUAUACUACUAAGUACAGAAAGGUUUAUUUAAAUGUCCACAUUUUUGCUUUCUGAAGUUUGUGCACUUUCAAGGACACAUCCUACUGAAAAUGUAUUUAAGAUAAAGCACUUUAGGUCUAGGACCAUAAAAAAUUUCUUAGCUCAUGCUCGAACAGUCCAUCUUCUGGACUUUCUUUCCUGUUGAAGCUCUCGGUUCACUGCAGAGAUUUUGUUUUCUAGAUUGUGAAGAACUUUUUCAAUACAUUGAUCCACAUAGAAGAUAAGAGUGCAACAAGAAAAGAUGCUAUACGUACAGGACAUUUUCUGUCUUUAUUGUAGAUCUUAAAAUGCUGGCUACCAUCAGCUAUGUUUUAAAUGGAUACUGUAACCCUCUUGACAGUUAUGAGAAAAUUCCUGGAAAUUAUUAGAUAAUGCUCAGCUUAUUAAUCUCAUUUUUCUGAAAAAAAGUUGUUUUGAGGAUUUAAUUUCCUUGUGGUAAAGCUGGCACUACUUGAUUACUGAUUGUUAUUCUUCUGAUUAAACAUUUGGGGAUAAUACAACACUUUGGACCUUCAAGAAGUACAUGUCUUGGUUUGGACUGCCUUUUUCAUCCUGGAAACAGAAGAAGAGGAACCUUCUCACUGCUAGAACAUGAAAUAUGUGUUCUUGUGGUUACUU